AUGGAGGGGCCCCCACGCUCUGGGUGGUGUUGGAGCCCCUGGGGGCUGGGGGCCUGCGGGCCUCCCCCGAGCUACCAGGGCGCCUCCUGGCAGCCUGCGUGACUACAGUGAAAUUGCAGCGGAGGAUCUGACAAUCCCUGGACUUUGGGGUGCCAGCCUAGUCGAUGUGCUCCAGGCGUGUUGGGGCUUCAACAGCUGGUGAGGAACCUCCUAGUGCCCCGCGACCCGUCGACCCCGUCCUUCCGGGCGGGGGAUGCCGUCAUCCCAACUUGUGCGCCACAGGCUGCCUUUGGCGGCCUGGAGCCAACACCUUCUCUUUGCUUGUCGUCCCGUUGUCACCGAGAAGCUUGCCUUGCCCUCCGUGACCCAGCACUUAACUGCGUGACCACGUUUCUCGGCACGUCCCCAGGGGUGGGACCAGCGACGCACAGAGCUUCCCGAGAUUGUUACAAUGACGAUGACCAAAAAAUGGUAGUGCCUGUCUUCUCUCUCCCAGUGCCCCCGCGCCUGGAAGAGGGGACGGACAAGUGCCCUAACCUCUAGCUCCCUCCUCCGCCAGGACCCAGGAGUUUAGGUCAGAACCCCCAGCCGCCAAUCGCCUUCUCUUCCGGGUUCUCAGAACGGCGGUCUCCUCAAGGACACCUAUUGCCUAAGGGGCAGGCCAGCAAACCAGGAGCUCCGCCCCUUCACGCGACGUUGUGACGCAGCCGCAGCGGCAGCCAAUGGGGCGCGACAACACCGGCAGCGGGAGGCUGGAGGCGGAGGUUUUAGUGAGCGGACCGGAAGUACCCAGUGCCUCGCGCCCGCGUUCCUGCCAACCCGGUUGCUGCUCCGCUGUUCUGGGCCGUCGCCUGCGCGCGCCCGCGGCCCAGCUCUGCCAUGAGCCGGCCCAGCCGACUGCAGAGGCAAGUUCUUAGCCUGUACCGCGAACUGCUGCGCGCCGGACGCGGGAAGCCGGGGGCCGAGGCGCGGGUGCGAGCCGAGUUUCGGCAGCACGCCUGCCUGCCGCGCUCCGACGUACUGCGCAUCGAAUACCUGUACCGCCGCGGGAGGCGCCAGCUCCAGUUGUUACGCUCGGGCCACGCCAAGACCUUGGACGCCUUCGAGCGCCGGCAGGGCGCCAACGAGGAGCCCGGCGAAGCGGGGGCCCCUACGACUCCGCCUGAGGAGAGUGACGAUUCGAGGAACCCCCUCGUGGAGUCACCGGAGACCCCGCCGGGUGGACGGUGACAGGCUGAAGAGCUCAGAUGGAGCAGGGGAACGGUGUGGUGGGGCCAGGGAACCCGCAUGAUGGGAGGUGAGAGGUCUUGAGAGACUAGCUGGAUGGAUGGGGGAAUCGGAGAGCCGUCCUGGCGAUGUCGGGUCUAAAGACCACCAUGAUGGAUGGCAAGAUAUGCUUGCCCUUGUACGAUUCGUAGUAACUUUCACUCCUUCAUGAGAGCUUGGGGCGGGCUGGGUCACCCGCUGGCUGGACUGUGUCAAGCUGAGAGCUACUUUCUAGAAGGCAUGGGAACCAGGACCCUCCCACUUACCCCCUCCACCCCCCCUCCCCCCGUUGGACCGAAAGAAACUGAAACACCCUUCUCUUCACCUCUGGCUCCUGAACCCCGCCCCCCCCCCCCCCUUGUAUUUAAUUCUGAUAACAGCAGAUUUUUUUUUGCUGAGGAAUUUGAGAAGGUGUCCUGAUGGACAACGGAGAGAAGCGUCGAAUCCCUUUGGAAAACUUUCUCCCCACUAAUGGCAGCGAACUAGGACUGGUGAGGAAGGGAGUAGGGUCUCAUCCCAGCUGAUCAUUUGAAGACCCCUCAAGACCUCUACACUUACUGUUUCUGAGGGCGAGCCCUGACUCCUGCACCCUUCCACCCUCAGGACUGUCAAACAAAUGGAAUAAAGUUGGGGAUGUGCUUA